CACCGCAGUGCAAGCAUGACAACAAGGUUCAAAAGUGAUUCUAUAAUAUUAUUAUGUGAUUUACUAUCAGCUCAAAAGGGUGAGGACAGUUCAUCAAGUGAGGAUGAAGAUGGUCCAACCACACCAUACAUCAAGAUUAAAUCUGCCCAUGGCAAGGGUCCAGAAGAGUUUGAGAAGCUGAAAUUACUUCAAGACCUGAGCGGAGAACAUGUGGGUGCAAUAUGGACUGUAAAGUUUUCAGUGUGUGGUCGAUUAAUGGCAACUGCAGGACAAGACCAUAUGGUGAGAGUAUGGGUGCUAAAAGAAAAUAUAGAAUAUUUUGAGGAAAUGAGAGAAAAAUAUUCCAACUCAGGUGGACAUAAAGCAAAACCUGAUCCUGAAGUAGAUCAAAUCUUAGAGAAUGACGAAGAAGAGGGACAGGGCAGUGACAGUGGUAGUGAGAAAGAGAAUGUCGAAGAAGGAAAUGAAGAGGAUAACAAGAAAAAGGAGCCACCUGAGGAUGACAACGGCCCAUUCAUGAAGAAACCUUUCUGUACAUAUUGUGGUCAUACUGGUGAUAUUUUAGAUUUGUCCUGGUCAAAGAAUUAUUUUCUUCUUUCAUCUUCAAUGGAUAAAACUGUUAGGUUAUGGCACAUUUCCAGAACAGAGUGUCUUUGUUGUUUUCAGCACAUCGAUUUUGUGACUGCUAUUGUAUUUCAUCCAAGAGAUGACAGAUAUUUCUUAAGUGGUUCGUUAGAUGGUAAAAUACGUCUCUGGAAUAUCCCAGACAAAAAAGUUGCUCUUUGGAAUGAAGUUGAAGGCACAGGAAGUAAUUUAAUCACAGCAGCAAACUUCUGUCUCCAGGGCAGAUUCGCUGUUGUUGGUACGUACGAUGGAAGGUGUAUAUUCUAUGAGACUGAGCGUCUAAAGUACCACACCCAGUGGCAAGUACGAUCUUCCUCUCGAAACAAGCGGUCACGUGGUCGAAAGAUUAGUGGUAUUGAACCAAUGCCUGGAGAAGAGAAGGUGCUGAUUACGUCCAACGAUUCACGCAUUCGUCUAUAUGACCUGAAGGAUAACUCACUGUCCUGCAAAUACAAGGGGUGUACCAAUGCUAGUAGCCAGAUCAAAGCCAGCUUCAGUCACGAUGGUCAGUACCUGAUCUGCGGAUCAGAGGAUCAUUUUGCCUACAUCUGGAGAACACAACACGGAAUUCCUUCAGCCAGGCGAGAUAAAAACGAGUUCUACGAAAGCUUCUCUGCACACGAUGCUGUUGUAACAGUUGCCACCUUCACCCCAGUCCCCUGGCUUAUCAUCCCUCCAGACACAAGCGGCAUACCCGUGACGUCAGAGGUGCUGGUCACUGCUGAUUGGUCAGGAGCUAUCAAACUCUUCGUGAACAGAUGACACGGAACAGGCUUCCUGGUAACUCAACGUCACGUGACCCCCUCCGCCCAACACCAAAGGUUUUCCCGCCAACCUGGGAUAUACUGACUUCUCGAAAACUGCGCUCAAUAUGGAGUUACACGAAUCAAAUACCAAAUCCUUGAUAAGUAAUCUAUAGUUAAUACAAGAUCUCAAAACAAUGUACUUGAUUGUCGCAUACAAUAAUUCUUCUCAAAAAUUAUCAUUUUAUAAAAAUGGCUAACUAAUCAAGACAUAGGCGGAUUUCAAACGGAAUAUUUUGGCGUUGGUCUUCCUGUGGUAAGAGCAAUCUCACCAUAAGAGAACUUGUUUUUUUGGUAUAAAUGUAUGGUUGACGCGCGUGAUAUAGUUUUCAUGUUUGUUUAAUUUUCAUUUAAUCGGAACUAAUAAUCAUUAUUGAUACAUAAUUAUUUUUAUGAUGGUAAUUGAACUGAGUGGAGUGCAAUUUG